AUGGCCCGCCCCAAAGUCCUCCUCUUAGGCGAAAUAGUCCACGCUGGCAAAACAUGGGAAGACCUCAGCGACAUCGCCGACCUCAUAACCACAAGCGCCACCAACCGCACUGAAUUCAUCCAAGAAUGCAAAGACGGCAAGCUCGACGGCGUGGUCGCGGCAUAUCGCACUUUUGGCUCCUUUGCCGUCACGGGCCAGAUUGACGAGGAGCUCGUAGCGGCUUUACCCAAGUCUUUGCUUUUCCUUGCUCAUUGCGGGGCGGGAUAUGACCAAGUCGACGUCCACGCCUGCAGUGAACGCACACCACCUAUCCGGGUCAGCAACGUGCCCACGGCCGUCGACGACUCCACCGCCGACGUGAACAUGUUCCUCAUCAUCGGCGCAAUCCGCAACUUCAACACGGGCAUGCACGCGCUACGACAGGGCAAAUGGCGCGGUGACCCAGCGCCUCCUUUGGGACAUGACCCGGAGGGUAAAGUCCUCGGUAUCCUGGGCAUGGGCGGUAUUGGAAGAAAUCUGAAAAAGAAAGCAGAGGCGUUUGGGAUGAAGGUUAUCUAUCAUAAUAGACGGCAGCUUAGUGAGACCAUGUCUGCAGGCGCAGAGUAUGUUACGUUUGAUGACUUGUUGGCGAAGAGUGAUGUCAUUAGUUUGAAUCUGCCUCUUAACAAACACACAUACCACAUCAUCGGCAAACCCGAAUUCGCAAAAAUGAAAGAUGGCGUUGUCGUCGUCAAUACAGCGCGAGGCGCAGUCAUCGAUGAAGCCGCUCUCGUUGAGGCCCUGGACAGCGGCAAGGUCUUUUCAGCGGGGUUGGAUGUGUUUGAGGAAGAGCCCAAGAUUCACCCUGGUCUGUUGCGGAAUCCGAAUGUGAUGUUAGUGCCUCAUAUGGGAACUUGGUCUUAUGAGACACAAACUGAGAUGGAGGAAUGGGCUAUUGGAAAUGUGCGCCAGGCUAUUGAGAAAGGGACGUUGAAGAGUAUUGUGCCUGAGCAUGUGGACCUAUAG